AAUUAAAAGUAAUUUUUUAUUUAUUUAAAAACUAAAUAAACAAUUCUACAAAACAAGAUGUUACUUUGAUUUAUUUUAUGAAAUACAACAGCAACAACAACAUUACCCCAGUGCAUCAAUGGCUCCCGCCCACUGUGGGGUAAGGAGGGGUCGGAUGUACGCAGUCUGACCCCUAUAUUUAAAACAUAGAGUGGUUGUUUCAAGAAUUUAUUUAUGACAUGAUCGAUGAAAAUAUCUAAGGAAAUAAGAUAAAGUUUGACCAUUGAGUACUAAAGCAGAAUCUUAUUUUGGGGCAAAUGGAUAACUAUCUAGUGUAGCAAUGUGUCGUCUAACUAAGUUUCAUUUUUUUCCUUUUUGGUAAAAUUCUUGUGGCAGUAUUUGCAAUGCUAGGAGUUGAGUGUCUUGUAUAUAGCUUAGUUAUGGUUGGGUGGUUCAUUGUAACUAUAACAUUUCUUGUGAGUGGCAUAUUUCUCCUAGUUAAUAACCUUGUUGGAGAUACAUGUGUUGCGAUGAACGAAUGGCUACAAAAUCCAACUGUAGAUUCAGCUCUAGAAAAUAUAAUCCCCAACAUAGACAACCAAAUUACUAAGAAAAUUCUGUCAGCAACAAAGGAUGUUACUUAUGGAGUUGUCGAGGUGACAAAUACUUAUAUUUCCAACGUCUCCAAUGCCAAUGCGACAUCUUAUGCAGGUGCAUCGUACUAUAACCAAUCAGGUCCGUUGGUUCCUUUGCUCUGCAACCCUUAUAAUGAGGAUGAUACCGAUAGGCAUUGUGCUCCCAAUGAAGUUAACUUCGAGAAUGCAUCCGAGGCUUGGGAGAAGUACAUGUGCGAUGUUUCUUUAGUUGGGAAUUGUGUCACCCCGGGGCGUUUGACACCGUUGGGUUACAAGCAAAUCACUGCACUUGUUAAUGUUAGCUCUGGUCUGUACCAUGGGAUGCCCUUUGUGAUUGAGCUAAUGAAUGGCACAUUUCUCAAGAAAACACUCUCCGAUUUGAGCAAAAUGUUGUGCUCCGGCAUAGAGGAAUACUCGAUGUGGGUCUUCACGGGGCUUGUAGCUUCGUCAACGAUGUUAAUGUUUUUGUUGGUUCAUUGGAUCGUUUAUUCUGAACAUAGAAGGUGCCGGGCGUAUACUAAGAAAACUGACGCGGCGUUGUACUGGAAAAAAGUUUCUUGUUAAUGUGUUCACAGUUUGAUUUUGCUUUAUAUGCAAGGAGUUGUGUUAUACGUAGUAGUAGAUUUGGGAUUUGAAAGGAGAUUCAUAUCAGUGUAUUGUAUGACCAAAUCUGAGUUUAAAAUAAGUGAAAUUUGCACUAAAUAGUACAGGUACUA